AUGUUGAUAGCACUCUUGACAUCUCCAUCCGAAACACUAGGAGGUGUAACUGUAGGAGCGGAAUUUUAUGAAAAUGCGUACACGUACGAAUUAGAAAGGCAUCCUGAGAGUACUGCUCUAACUGCACAAUCUAGAGAUAAAUGGAGAAAUUUAAACGUUAGUGCCAAUGGACAAGGACCAAGAGAUAAAUCAAGGACCCAAAAAGUGAUGGCUAAUCCUGAUGCUGCAGCAGCUCCAUUGGUCAUCACACAGGCCCAUGUUUCUACCACUCUAGUUCCAGUUCCACAAGAUGCAUCAGCAGACACCGUCAUGGAAGAUUCUUCAAAAUGCGCAUUAGAUGGAAAAAAUGCUUUGGAGUUUGUCUUUCUGGAUUUCCUUUUCAAAUUAUUGAAUAGUCCAGGGAUUGAGACUUGUGUUUUUCAGUCAUUCGUUUGUUUAUUCAGCUCUUUUAGUUGGCAGAUGGAUGUCAUCAUUGUAUUGGUUGGGCCAAGGAAGUUGCCAAAUAGUCCCUAUCUUGGUGACACUGCCGAAGAAGCAGCAAUUACUGCUACCUAUAAGGUCGCAGAAGCUGAAAAUAAAUCAUUUGUAGUCGCUGAAGCGGCCAAGGAAGCUGAGAGAGUCUCAAAGAUGGAGGAAGACAGUGAUAACUCACUGCAGGUGUAUAAGGAUACCUUCGAGAAAUGUUCACAUGGCGAAAUUGUGCUGCUAAUGGCAUGAUAUGUCAUUUCCCCUAUUUUGUGAAGUCGGAUUCAGCUGUUCAGAACCUCUAAAGUAGUAAUAAUUAUUCUAUUCGUAGCAACUAGUGAUAUGCAGUUUGUUAAAAUUAUGUAUUAGUGAUGACCUGUGCACAGAUCCACACCUCCUAUUAUGUAUUCUAUGUAACAAAAAAUAGA